AUGUUACUGAGCGGAAUAUUCUUACUGUUUCUAUUUAAAAUUCAAUUUAUAAAAUCCUUCGUUGUGCACAACGCGACAUCUAGCGAUCUGAUAAGAGUUGUUAAACCAGUCAAGAAUUGUAAGCAUAAAACUUAUUGCGAAGAUACUCCGCAUUAUCCAACGGAAAUAAUAUUGCUAGCUUUGGAGAAGAAUCCUCAACUUCGAGAUUAUGCGAAUAGCGACGAGAUGGACAUAUAUCCGCAAUCGGAAUAUGAACCGGAAGAAGAACCGCUUUGUGUCUCCGCGGAAAAAAUUAUAUUCCCCAAGUUAGGCGUAACGAAAGACUCGGAAUGGAAGUACAUCGUAAACCAUGAAAACUUGGUGCAAAGUGUGCGCAUCGAAACGUGCCUAGAACAAGAGAAGCCUUGUAGAGUGAUCGAGGGGUUUGCUGAAGGAUACUACACGAAAUGCAAACAGAAAUACAUUUAUCGCCAACUAUUGGCGGUAACGACUGAUGGCUCGAUAAAUCACGAAUCUUUCCGUUUUCCAGCUAGUUGCUGCUGUCACAUCGAAUUCCAAGCACACAAAUUUUUAGAUUCGUUCCAUUCGAGAAAUUAACGAUGACGUACGAGUGUAACAGUGAAACGUAGUAUUAAAGGAAGAGUAU